CAAUGGCUAUCAAUAAAUUGGCAAACUUUCGCACUUUGGAGCCCAUACUUACCUUUUUGGGCUUGUGGCAAGGAGGAGAUAGUACCUGGUUUAAGCGACAUUAUCGAUAUUACCAGCUAUUCAUGCAUACUAUGAUUACAUUUACCUUUGGAUCCCUCAUGGUCUUAGAAGUAAUUUACAGUGAAAGUCUGGACUACGCCAUAGAUGUGCUAAAGUACAUGCUCGUUGAAAUGGCCAUUAUUUGCAAAGUACUCAAUGCCUGGUACUAUGCACAACAGACAGCCGAAUUAGUGGAUGAAUUGGAGAACAGUGAAAUAUUCGCAUUACGCACGAGCGCCGAAGAGCAGAUGUGGCAAAAAUCACAAAAAAAUUUCCACAAACUGACGAUGAUCUAUAUGGGUACGGGAUUGAACUCGGCAUUCUGUGCUCUACUUGCGGCGGCAUUAAUGGGCGCCAAAGAACUGCCGUAUGCCUUGUGGUUGCCUUAUGAUUGGCGCGAUACUUAUUUUUGGGGCAUUUACUGUUAUGAGUGUAUUGCGAUGCCGUUCACUUGUUCGUGCAACAUUACGAUCGACUUAUUUCAAGCUUAUUUGCUUUUGCAUUUAACACUUUGUUUCCGGGUAAUCAGCAUGCGCUUGGAGCGGUUGGAAAAUGCCGGUACGGAAGACGCGAUCACCACAGAAUUGCUCAAUAACAUUAAAAUGCAUCAGCGUGUGAAGGAAUUGGCUUUAAAGUGUGAGGAGGUCAUAUCACUAGGCUUGUUAUCACAGAUAAUGCUCACUUUCCUAAUCCUUUGUUUCAUAAUCUACAAUAUGCAAAAUGCACACUUCAGCGAAAAUCCCGCUCACUUUUUAGCCAUGUUACAAUACGCACUAAUUAUAUCUAUGGAAAUGUUUCUACCCUGUUACUAUGGCAAUGAACUGACUGUGGAAUCUGAGAAGCUGGGCAUUCACCUCUACAGCUGCGAUUGGACUGCCAUGUCUGCGGUCAAUCGACGUCUAAUUUACGUGUAUAUGGAGUCUUUGAAGAAGCCAGUAGUGUUAUGUGCUGGCAGAUUUUUCGAAAUCGGCAUACCAAUCUUUUCGAAGGCCAUGAAUAAUGCCUACAGUGUACUGGCCCUUUUGCUGAAUGUCAACGAUGAUGAACAACAAUAG